CUAUCUUACAGAUAUUUUUUUACUUCAGGCACAUGUCUUGGAGGAACAUACCGCUGACCUAGGCGGGAAGUCGGAACAAAUCAAAAUGGCCGAUUGUACAGACAAUGCAAGACUUGGAAUGUUGGGCAAGAAUUUGUCCGAACGGGUUGGGAAAUGUAAAGUUCUUGUAGUUGGAGCUGGUGGUAUUGGGUGUGAACUUCUUAAGAAUUUAGUUUUAACGGGUUUUAAGGAUAUUGAAGUGAUUGACCUUGAUACUAUUGAUGUCAGCAAUCUUAACCGUCAGUUUUUAUUUCAAAAGAAGCAUGUUGGCAAAUCAAAAGCUAAGGUUGCUAGAGAAAGUGCUUUAAGRUUCAAUCCACAUUCCAACAUCAUUGCUCACCAUAAUAAUGUUACGAGUUCUGAGUAUGGUGUUAACUUCUUCAAGCAGUUUGAUCUUGUCAUGAAUGCACUGGAUAAUAGAGCUGCUAGAAAUCAUGUUAACAGAAUGUGUUUAGCUGCUGAUAUUCCUCUAAUUGAGAGUGGUACAGCUGGUUAUCUUGGUCAAGCUACUGUCAUUAAGAAGGGCCUAACAGAAUGUUAUGAAUGUCAACCCAAACCAACCCAGAAGACAUAUCCAGGAUGUACUAUACGCAACACACCAUCUGAGCCAAUUCACUGUAUUGUAUGGGCCAAGCAUCUUUUUAAUCAAUUGUUUGGAGAGGCUGAUGCUGAUGAAGAAGUAUCACCUGACGCAGAGGAUCCUGAAGCAAUGGCUGAUGCUGGUGAAAAGGCCCUACAGAAAGAAGCUGAAACUGAUGCCAUUGGUGGAGUAGCAAGGCAGUCAACACGACAGUGGGCUCAGGAUAUUGGAUAUGAUAGUGUUAGGUUGUUUAAUAAGUUGUUUUGUGAAGAUAUAAAGUAUUUAUUGUCAAUGGAUAAACUAUGGAAAAAGAGAAAACCACCAACCCCGCUUGACUGGAAUAGUGUCACACAAGAUAAUGGUGUUAAUGAAAAUGGAAACAGUCAAAGUUUACUUCAAGAUCAAAGGGUGUGGAGCGUAAAAGAGUGUGCAACAACAAUAGCAAAAAGCAUAGAAACACUAAAGGCAAAUCUAGAAAAUAAAGGCGAAGAACUUGUAUGGGACAAGGAUGAUCCUGCAUCAAUGGACUUUGUUACUUGUGCAGCUAACAUCAGAUCUCAUAUAUUUGGAAUUAGAAUGAAAAGUCGCUUUGAUGUCAAAGCCAUGGCAGGUAAUAUUAUUCCAGCUAUUGCUACAACCAAUGCUGUGAUUGCUGCAAUUAUUGUUAUGCAAGGACUGAAUGUACUCAAUGACAGACUAGACAAAUGUAAAACUAUUUAUCUAAACAGACAACCAAAUCCRCGUAAAAAACUUCUUGUUCCCUGYUCGUUAGAAGCUCCAAACCCUAAAUGUUAUGUGUGUGCAUCAAAACCAGAGGUUACAAUUUGUGCCAAUACAGAGACACUGACUUUGAAAACCUUGGAAGAUAAGAUUUUGAAAGAGCGUUUUGGUAUGGUAGCACCAGAUGUUGAGAUAGACGAUGGCAAAGGUACAAUACUUGUCUCAAGUGAAGAAGGAGAAACAGAAGAAAUAUCGUGCAAGUUUCUMAGYGACUUUCAAAUCACUUCUGGAUCUCGACUAAAAGCAGAUGACUUCUUGCAAAACUAUGAAUUGAUUAUCAACAUAAAGCACACRACCGAACUCGAUACUGAUGUAGAGUUUGAAAUAGAAGGUGAUGAACCAGUCGCGCCACCAGAAGGCAAACCUGAAGAGAGAUCGUCACACGACGUACCACCUAACGACAAUACAGAAAACGACGAAGUUAUGUUAGUAGAAGAGACAACUUCUCGAAAGAGAAAACCCGAGGAAAUGGACGACGUUCAAGAAGAGGAAGUUAGAGUAAAGAGUAAACGAGCCCGCACUGACUCGGAUGUUAAUGACGAUAUCAUUGUACUUUAACCACUAAACUUUUACUAAAUUAAUGUUCAUGUUCUCACUGAAGGAUGUAAAUCCUCGAUUUUGUAGUUUUAAUUAUUAUAGAUGAAUACCAGAUGAUUAUUAAAAGUAGAUUUUUAAGCUGG